AUGACAGACUUCUUUUUUGAACGCUUCAACAUCAACAAGCAUCUGAGUGGUCUAGGCUUUAGUUCUAGAGCAUCGCCUGCUGCUCUGCUUGCAAAGUUUAAACAAACUUGGGAAACCAUCAUACAGGAAUCUGGAGCUGAGCACAACUGGAACAGACAAAUUGGUCAUACUAGCAUUCCAAGUUAUCUUCAAUCCAUCUUGGACAUCUUUGUCAAGGAACAAGCUGCCGCUAACAACUCCACUGAAACUGGUCUUUGCACUGAGCUGUUUUUUAAUGACGACAUUUUGGACCAUUUAAUCACACUUUCUCAAAAUGAUGUGCCUGUUGGGUACCGCUCUGAAGUCAUUCGAUUUACUUCAAACUUGAUCGGGCUUAUUCAUCAUCGUUUUUUAUUCAGUCACUGCAUUCAUAAACCUAUUUCCAGAUUAAUCAAUGCCUGCUUUACGUCCAGAGAUCUUAAAUAUCACGAGUCCAUGCUCGAGUUGGAAGUCAAUCUCUGCACAAAGAUCGAGUCUUCUCCAGAAUUGCUUCCGCUGUUUUUCAAUAUACCCAAAGAAUCAAAUUCUGCUUCUACAUUUGGGCUACUUGAUCAUGUCAUGAAAUAUGUGCAUUCUGACAAGGCCAAUGGCGAUCGUGCUCGCACUGCCUGUCCAAUCUUGUUUGCUCUUGCUUCUGAAGGCGAUGAUCUGGAGGCGUUUAUUUUGAAACAUGACUACCCGCUUAUGCUGGUUGUUGGUCUAAGUGGUCUCUAUGCACAGCUACCUACAGUCAUGCCUGAUGCUGAUAGAAUGCUUGAUAUUGAAUCCAGUCUUGCUGCCCGCAGAGUGUUUAACACUGAUUUACAGUCUUUCUUAGACUACGUGUUGUUUCUCCAAAAAAUACUUUAUACAUGCUCUAGCAAAAAAAUAUCUCAAAGGAUUUUGUACAAUGUUCAAACCAUCUUUCUAUCCACCGUCCUGGCUGCAUCCAUUAACAGCUGCUCCGAUUUUGAUGGCACAACUCUCACAACACUGUUUUAUAUACAACAACUGGUGACUUUGAUUGACGAGCCGCAUUUAUCUGAAAUUUUUGUCAAACUUUUGAUUAGCAGCGAAGAUGACGACGACAUCAUUCGCUCAUCUGAUGAUGAAAUGCGACUUGGUAUCCGCGACAUUCUCAUUUCCAAACUCAAUUCUCUUUCUGAAGAAGUUGUCACUUCUACCUUGCUGCUGUUCUACACACUCAUGCGCGACCAUCCAACUUAUUCAUUCAAACUACUGUUUGAAAAAUUACCCAGAGAGCAGCCUGUCGUAGAUCGCAUGGCAUUAGAUCACGAUGUAGACAUUCAGCAACAUUUGCAACUUGUUGCAAGAUACUUUGCUUUACUGCCUAGAGACAGUGGUAAACAAGCCUCGCUUGACGCAUACAUUUACGAUGCCGAGGCAGGUUUCUCAUCGCUACGUGCGCGUGCUCAAUCAGAUCGUAUUGAUUUAGAAGACCUAUUUCAAUCCAAACCAGACCCAGUGUCGAGUAAUGCAAAUGAAGCAUUUGUAUUGACCAGUCCCGUACGUGUUGUGUCCAAUGGCAGCACGAUUGCACCUCAGUCCAAAGAGUCAUUUAGAGAGCAAGCAACACGAGUUCGGACCGAUCCCACGCUUUAUAAAAUCAUGACCAAGUUUGAAAAUUUGUUUAGUCACUCUAUGAAAAUCAAUGUAGCCAUGACUGGUGUAUUGCAGCAGUUGGUCAUGUCGCCUUACCCCGUACUCUACGCGAGUGUGGUAGAUGGUGACGCAACACUGUCUGAUCCAGAAACCAUUGCACCAUCAUUCUACCAUGUAAUUACCAAACUGAUGGGUGAGAUUGAUGAACGAAGAGAGAGCUUGCCAGGAUUUGAUAUCAAGUUGGCUGCAUGCAAAGCCAAGAUGCUUGAAAGUGAAAAAUCGGGAAAUGAUUCCGAAUGGAGUAAACACGAAGAGCGCUUGAACGGGCAAAGAUUGAGCGAUGCUACUGGUAGAUAUUUUGGUGAUCUAGACCUGGAUCAAGAAUUUUUGAAAAAUGUGGUUGUUCUCGAAGAGUUUAUCAAGGAGCUGCUUGCUGUGAUUGUGACUAGAGGUGGGAUGGAGUAUGAUCAUAUUUCAUAUUUGUAGUAUUGUGAAGACAUGUUGAAGCAGAAAUUAUAAGACCAUGUUGGAUCUCGUUCAAUUAUGCUAUUUGAAACUUUAUUACUCUCAUGUAUUUCUAUUACAGUCGUAUUCACGUAAAAUAAAACGCCAGAUAAAAACUGAACG